AUGUCCAAUCUCCAACAAGUGGCUCACGGCUGCUACGACCCCGCGCGGGAAGGCAGCCCAUACAAAUGUCCAGAGGGUCUCUUCAUGAUGUUCCUGACAGCACGAGAGCAAAAUCGAGAACAGUUAGAUGUGUGGCUUGAGAAACUCAACAAUCUUCUGAAGUUGUCCAGCUCAAACACCAGUAUGCGAGAACUACGGGCUAGCAUACUCCUCAAAGUGCAUUAUUUGUUCGUAGCGAUAAUGCUCGGAGCUUCUGGAGCCAACGACGAGAUGAAGUUCGAUAACUUCACUGCUGAAUUUGGACAGAUGCUCAAGCUUGCAGAAAGAAUAUGGGAUUCAAACGUUGCGGCUGCGAUUGGGAAAUGGGUUAUGGAGAAGGAAGCAGAGGGACUGGGGAAUAUUGAUGGCCCUCAGUCGGUACCUAUUGAGAAGCGGAUAACUCUAUUUGGAAAAGGGACUGUGUGUGGAGAGCGGAAGGUGUUAGUGAAAUAUCGCCAGGGACCUGCGAUUCCAGGAGAUGUGGAUACUGAGGAGGAGUAUCUGACGUGGUCAAAUGAGAAUGGGCUCCAGCAAGGGCUUCGAGAGUAA